CGUCUAAAGCUGAUGCAAUAUCGGUCGCGAGAUAACACGUGUAUGAACGUAGACGCAGAAGAGUUGAUAACCUUAGGACUGUCAGCCGCCAAGGGAUAAAAAAAACAUUCGUUUCGGCCACUCUAUUAUUUUCUUGUUGGUCUUUCGAGAUGCCUGUCGUUAGAGCCCUCAGCAAUGCGGCCAAACAGGCCCUCCAGGGCUCUGGAUGUGGGUGUCAGCCCUUGACCGUUGCUGUGCGCCACAUCAGCUUCUCUCCCCGCCAAGUCACGUCAGACGCCAGCUUUCACUCCGUCUCCUUUUCUGAGACGGACCACCCUAAAGUCCUCAUCACCGGGGGCCUUGGACAGCUUGGGGUAGGGCUUGCUAACCUGUUGAGGAAGCGGUUUGGAAACAACAAUGUCAUUCUGUCAGAUAUCAGAAAACCACCCAGUCAUGUUUUUCAUAGUGGUCCAUUCAUCUACUCGGACAUCUUGGACUACAAGAACCUACGCGAGAUAGUUGUGAACAACCGCAUCACCUGGCUGGUCCACUAUAGCGCGCUCCUCAGCGCGGUCGGGGAGGCUAAUGUGUCCCUAGCCCGCUCGGUGAACAUCACUGGUUUGCACAACAUCCUGGACAUUGCAGCAGAGCAUGGCCUGCGCUUGUUUGUCCCCAGCACCAUUGGAGCAUUCGGCCCCUCCUCGCCCAGGAAUCCUACCCCCGACCUGUGUGUGCAGCGUCCUCGCACAAUCUAUGGUGUCUCCAAGGUUCAUGCUGAGCUCAUGGGGGAGUACUACCAUCACAGGUAUGGCCUGGACUUCCGCUGUCUGCGUUACCCAGGCAUCAUCUCUGCUGAUUCCCAGCCUGGUGGUGGAACCACAGACUAUGCUGUGCAGAUCUUCCAUGAUGCAGUCAAGACGGGCAAGUUCGAGUGCAAUCUGAAGCCAGACACGCGCCUGCCAAUGAUGUACAUAGACGACUGCCUGCGUGCUACGCUGGAGGUGAUGGAGGCCCCGGCAGAAUCCCUCUCCAUGCGGACAUACAACAUCAAUGCCAUGAGCUUCAUGCCUGAGGAGCUGGUUGCCGAGGUCCAAAAGCAGCUGCCUGACAUGCAGGUCACCUAUAAAGUGGACCACGUUCGACAGGCAAUAGCUGACAGCUGGCCCAUGAAUUUUGACGACAGCAACGCCAGGAAAGACUGGGGCUGGAAACACGACUAUGACCUCCCUGAGCUGGUCCAGACGAUGCUGAACUUUAUCGGAUCCGACUCUCGAAUUGCUCGUGCUAACUGAGCGGGUCCAUGCCUUUUGUACAUAGUGUAAAAACUGAGCUGUCGAUAACGGAGACGCAUGGUCUGUAAAUAGUCUUUCUUCUCUCUGUAUCGAAACAGCCUUUUUUUUUUUUUUUUACCCCUUUAAAUGCAGUUACAGUUGCACAAUCGUGCAGCCUUAUGACCUCAGACUUCCUCUAAGCAUCAAAGGGAUUUGAAUGUCCUUUGUGUGAUUCUGGUUCAUCUGCUGGGCAGCCGUCAUUGUCCUACUCCUCCAGAGUGAGGGGAAAGGGAACGUAGCAGCACUUAGCUACAGCCCCUGAGAUGUAUGCUUAUGGCUCUGAGCUGCUACUCAACAUUCAUUCAGAUCUGAGAAAGUUUCAACAUAUCAGCUGUGUUGUUAAAGUGAAGCUGCACCGUGUGCUGUUUUAUUGUGGAUUCUCUUCGGUUGUGCAGAUCUAUAAAGAAAGACAACAGUUGAUGGAUUCAAGGGGCUGGUUCCAGCCAAAGGGUUGCUUCUAUGCAAAAUGUUAGUCACUAAUGUAAUUACUGUGAUACAUUAAAUGGCAAAUGGGCUGCACUGGAGCCCUCUAAUUAAAGGCUCAUUUAAAGAAAGAACUGGUAUUCAGAUGUUUGUACUGGAAACACCCACUUUUAAGUGGGUUUGACAAGUACCGGUGCUGUGAUGCAUAAAUAUAGUAUUGAUGGAUACUGACAGCAUCAUAUAUGAGAUGCUUAUCAGAGUUCUGUAAAAGUAUACGAAAAGCAGAGUUACAGGUUUAUUGUAAAGUCCUUUUUACUGGUCAUCAGUAGUUUCCUUUGCUAUUUAUUCUUUGAGAUAUUUAUUCUGUACAUGGCCAAAUUUGGCUUUUACAUUGUUUUAGGAAGAUGUACCAGUGAUCAUACAAAUGAAUUAUGAUUUGUUAUUUUUGUUGUUGGUCUCUUUUAUUUACAUUCUUCAGGUCUCCAACUGAAGGAUCUUUAAAUCAGUUUUCCUCUUGCAUAGCAUAUGGCUGAUGGAAUGACAGUCACUUCUCUUUGUUUCUUCACAUUGAGAACCUUUGCACUCAAAUUUGGAACUGUUUUCAUGUAGCAUACCUGUAUUUUCACA